GUCUUAUCUUCUUCUUCCUCAGUCUCUCCCCCAAAAACCCAAUCCCCCCGCCGCAAGGUUUCGCCGCCGAUACAUUUCUCCGGCGUUACACCGGAGCUGACUUAGUAAUCCAACUCAAACUCGAAUUCAAACACUCUAAAACACGAUGCUAUCGACAUUACAGCCGCCGCGCUCUCUCACUCUCCUCCCUUUCCGACGACUCCACGGCUCCAAAACAAUCGCAUCCCUAGCCUCAGCCUCUUCCUCUCCCACCCUCGACGCCGCAGCUUCCGUCUCCCCUCCUCCGCAAUCCCAGAUCCUCGCCACCCGCCGCUCUCUCCUCUCCGGCGAGACCACGGCCUCCGAGAUCGCGAAAUCCCACCUCUCCCGCAUCCGCCUCACCGAGCCCCACCUCAAAUGCUUCCUCCACGUGUCCGAGACCGUUCUCAAGGAAGCUCAAGAGAUAGACCGGAGAAUCUCAAAAGGUGAGGAGGUUGGUCCCCUCGCCGGAGUUAUGAUCGGCGUCAAGGACAACAUCUGCACGGAAGGUAUGCCUUCCACCGCCGCCUCUCGCAUCCUGGAGCAUUAUCGGCCGCCUUUCGACGCCACGGCGGUGAAGAGGAUCAAGGAGAUGGGAGGGAUCGUUGUUGGGAAGACGAAUAUGGAUGAGUUCGGGAUGGGAAGCACCACCGAAGCUUCUGCCUUUCAGGUGACUGCGAAUCCGUGGGACUUGACACGUGUACCGGGAGGUUCGUCAGGGGGAUCAGCAGCAGCCGUUGCGGCGAGGCAAUGUAUGGUGUCGCUUGGGAGUGAUACUGGUGGGAGUGUGAGGCAGCCUGCUUCUUUCUGUGGUGUUGUUGGUCUUAAGCCGACUUAUGGGCGUGUCUCUAGGUUUGGGCUUAUGGCCUAUGCGUCUUCGUUGGAUGUGAUUGGUUGCUUUGGGUCCACGGUUGCUGAUGCUGGGAUGCUUCUUCAUGCUGUUUCUGGGUAUGAUAGGUUUGACUCCACCAGUAGCAAACAAGAUGUGCCUGAGUUUGAAUCACAGUUUCUUUCUAUGGAUUCUUUUGAAUCUAAACCGUUGAAGGGAGUGAAAGUUGGUCUCAUUCGCGAGACGCUUGAAGAAGGUGUUGAUUCUGGAGUGAGAUCUGCUACUCAGGAAGCUGCUUCUCAUUUAGAAGCAUUGGGUUGUGUUGUGACAGAGGUCUCUCUUCCUUCAUUCUCUCUGGGACUGCCAGCUUACUAUGUGAUUGCCUCAUCUGAAUCAUCUUCCAAUUUAUCACGUUAUGAUGGCGUCAGAUAUGGGAAUCAAGUUAUGGCUGACGAGCUCAAUAAGCUGUAUGAAUGUUCUCGUGGUCAAGGAUUUGGCGGGGAGGUGAAAAUGAGGAUUUUAAUGGGAACAUAUGCACUCUCUGCAGGUUACUACGAUGCAUACUACAAGCGAGCUCAACAGGUGAGAACACUAAUUCGAAAAGACUUCAAAGCGGCGUUAGAUCAGAAUGAUAUCCUGAUCUCACCAGCAGCUCCAUCUGCUGCAUACAAGAUUGGUGAAAAGAAAGAUGAUCCAUUGGCAAUGUAUGCCGGAGAUAUUAUGACGGUUAAUGUAAAUCUUGCGGGACUUCCUGCGAUUGUAUUACCAUGUGGAUUAGUUGAAGGGGGUCCCUCGGGUCUACCGGUUGGUCUUCAAAUGGUUGGUGCAGCCUUUGAUGAGGAGAAAUUGCUGAAAGUUGGUCACAUAUUUGAGCAGACUCUCAAAGGUUCAGGCUUUGUUCCUCCAGCGUUACCAAAUGUAGCCUAAACAUGAAAGCGUGGAGGCUCUUUUUACUUUCAUGCUUUAUUUAGGUAAAGCGAAUUAAAUUGUAAUUUAAUUUCUAUUGUAUUUUUUAAAAUACAAAUGUAGAGCUCAGUAUAUUAUCUUUUUACGUUUUAUGUUAUUGCAAUUGCAUUCA